AUGUCGCAUUUACCAGUCGCUUCCCCGGCACAGAAGCUGUAUGAUUCUCAGAAUAGCGCAUCCCCAGGCAUUGCGUUGUACAGUAGAUAUGCCGUUGCUGGUGGCAUUUGCUGCUCACUGACGCACGCCGUUCUCACCCCAGUCGAUGUAGUCAAAACAAGGAUACAACUUGAACCUUCUGUUUAUAACCGCGGCAUAUGGCAAGGGGUACGACAAGUCGUCGCCCGUGACGGAACCAAGGCCCUAGCAACCGGAUUCGGCCCUACCGUUGCCGGAUAUUUCUUGCAAGGUGCCUGCAAAUUCGGGGGUUACGAGUUCUUCAAGCGGCGCAUUGUUGAUCUUGUUGGACACGAGACGGCAUCUCGAAACCGCAAUGCUAUAUACUUGGCUGCAUCAGCCUCGGCCGAGGCUCUGGGGGAUGUAUUACUCUGUCCGUUUGAGGCUAUCCGUAUCCGGCUUGUUUCUGAGCCGACGUAUGCACGGGGUCUCGUAAGUGGCUUCCAGAAAAUGGCCAUGCAGGAGGGAGUGCGUGGGUUAUACUCUGGUCUAGGGCCAAUAUUACUGAAGCAGGUUCCAUAUACCAUGGCUACAUUUGUCGUGUACGAAAAGGCCACUGAGUUGGCCUAUCAGUCUCUCGAUGCAUCCAAGAUGUCGAAUUCCAUGCACACCUUGGUAAACAUGGCCUCGGGCCUGGUUGCUGGCAUGGCGGCCGCUAUUAUUUCACAACCGGCCGACACCAUGUUGAGCCAAAUAAACAAAAUACCAGCCCGCCCUGGAGAAGGCAUCUGCCGUCGAUUAUACAACAUUGCUCGGAAUCUGGGCAUUCGUGGCAGCUAUUCUGGUAUUCAAGCGCGGUUGGUCAUGGUGUCCGGGAUGACUGCAGGCCAGUUUGCCAUCUACAGCGACAUCAAAAGGGUGAGCUGCAAUUCUUAUUGA